AUGACUUCAAAGGGACAGAAAUUUGUGAGGUUUGUGAAUUGGAAGUCACUGUCAUCUUCAAGUAUUGAGCACAAUGAUUCUACCAGUGACGGAUUUCACAAGAGAGAAGUUAAAUCAAGUGUAUGUCCUGUCAGUGAUGGAUCAAUAAAAAAAAUUUCUUGUAGGGGCAAUGUUUUUGAUCCACAGGGGCCAAUACUUCAGAAAUGGAACAAAAUAUUUGUAAUCACGUGUGUGAUGGCAAUCUCUGUGGACCCUCUUUUCUUUUACAUCCCAGUGAUAGAUGACAAGGAAAAGUGCCUUAAUUUGGAUAAAAAAUUGAAGAUUAUUGCUAGUGUUCUGCGCACAUUCUUUGAUCUUUUCUACAUUCUUCAUAUCAUCUCUCAGUUUCGAACUGGGUUCAUUGCCCCUCCUUCUCGUGUAUUUGGAAGGGGUGAGCUGGUUGAUGAUCCUUGUGCCAUAAUGAUGAGAUACUUAAGUUCUUACUUCAUGAUUGACAUUUUAUCAAUUAUUCCACUUCCUCAGGUGGUCAUUUUAAUCCCAAAAGGCUCAGUUCCAUAUAUGAUAAAGGAUUUGUUGAAGUAUGCGGUAAUAGCCCAGUAUGUGCCAAGACUUCUGCGGAUCUACCCUUUAUUCAAAGAAGUAACAAGCACUUCUGGCAUAUUGACUGAGACAGCAUGGGCUGGAGCUGCUUACAAUCUUUUUCUCUACAUGCUAGCAAGUCAUGUUGUUGGAGCUUUCUGGUAUCUGUUUUCGUUAGAAUCAAGGUUGCGGUGCUGGCGCCGGCAGUUGAACCAUACUAUCUUUCCUCAUGAAUCCUUUCUUAGCUGUGGAACUAAGAAUUCUACUGUUCUAUCAAUUCUCAAUGCUUCUUGCCCUUACGAUGAUCCUGAUAAAAUUGGAGACUUGACAGCUUUCAAUUUUGGAAUAUUUUUAGACGCUCUAAAGUCUCGUGUGGUAGAAUCUACUACAGAUUUUCAUCACAAGUUCUUCUUCUGCUUUUGGUGGGGUUUGCGCAGUGUAAGUUCUGUUGGGCAAAACCUCCAAACAAGUACUUAUCUUGGGGAGAUUUUUUUUGCUAUUUUUAUAGCUACUUUUGGGUUGGUUCUAUUUGCGUCACUUAUUUCAAACAUGCAGAAAUAUCUACAAUCUACAACUGUUAGAGUUGAAGAGAUGAGACUCAAAAGGCGGGAUGCAGAACAGUGGAUGUCACACCGCAUGCUACCUGACUUGCUUAAAGAAAGAAUUAGACGAUAUGAACAAUACAAAUGGCAAGUAAAUAGAGGUGUUGAGGAAGAGAAAUUAAUUCACAACCUCCCUAAAGAUCUCAGAAGAGACAUCAAGCAUCAUCUUUGCUUAGGUCUACUAAAAAAAGUGCCAAUGUUUGAGAACAUGGAUAAACAGCUACUUGAUGCAUUGUGUGAUAGACUGAGGCCAGUCCUUUAUACAGAGAAAAGUUACGUAGUUCGUGAAGGAGAUCCAGUUGAUGAAAUGCUCUUUAUCAUGCGUGGAAAACUUGCUACUGCCACAACAAAUGGCGGAAGAACUGGUUUCUUCAACUCAUCAGUGCUCAAAGCUGGUGAUUUCUGUGGAGAAGAGCUUCUAACAUGGGCCUUGGAUCCCAACUCCUCCCCAACACUACCCAUUUCAACUAGAACAGUAGAAACUAUAUCUGAGGUUGAAGCCUUUGCUCUCACGCCUGAGGACUUGAAGUUUGUUGCUUCCCAAUUUCGACGCCUUAUAAACAACAACCAACUCCAACACAGUUUCAGGUUCUAUUCCUUGCAAUGGAGGACAUGGGCUGCAUGUUUCAUACAAGCAGCUUGGCGUAGACACCGGAAAAGGAAGACUGAGAGGUCAUUACGGGAAGCAGAACAAAGGCUACAUGCUUUUGAAAAUGAAGAAGGGUCCUCACCAAGCUUUGCUGCCACAUUUUAUGCAUCAAGGUUUGCAUCCAAUGCAUUGCAGCAUUUGCGAAGUGGUAAACGCAACAGAAUCCCACAGACUCAGAGAUUACUACCCCUGAUGCCUCAGAAGCCAGCUGAGCCAGAUUUCACUACUCAAAAGGACUAAGGGUGUUGUACACUAGUUUUAAGAAUAUUUAUACCAAGUUUCAUUUUUGAUAAAACUAAACUUGAGAAUUGUUCAUAUUUAACAUUUCCUUUGUAAUUGUGUGUGCAUAAUGUGGAUUUUAUGUUUUCCUACAACAAAAAUAUGCGCAUAUGUAAACACAAAAGUAUGGAAAAAUAUUGGUUGUUUUUUAUGAAUUUUUUAAACGAUGACUUGCUGCCAUGUCAUUGCUUAAAUGAUGGCUUUGGGUGCCUAAGCAGUGGGUGUCCAAAAUGUACGAAACUCUCCCAAUGCACACUUUGAGCGGUGAGAUUCAGGUGCUUGAAAGAGGACAAGCCAGAAUUUACCUUCCUUCCAUGUUUGUUGACUGGUGUUUUAUCUAUGUUUUACCGGGUAAGAAUAUUGUCUUUUGGUUC